UGAUCCCUGUCACUACAAUAAGUCACCUCUGUCUGAAAUUUAAGGAAAAUUUAAUAACUUGUUUUAAUUCUUUUGACUCAGUUAAAGACAACUGAUGACGGCCAGCCAGUAGGAUCCCUGGUUUCAGUUUCGUUUCUGUGAUCAGUUGUUGAAGUUGCCUCUCGUUUGAAACGACAGGCGAGGAAAAUGCACGGAGGGGAAAUGUCACAACUGACAGUCACAGAAUUCAUCCUCAAGAGCCUGUGCGCCGACCAGGGCUCGGCAGAUUUUAACACCGUUCUGGAGAAAGUUGCCAGUCGUUUUGGUAUUUCUGGGGCGGACAUGGACCGGGUCCUCUACAACACUCAGCACUUUGCUGUGGUCAAAGACUCAGGAGCAGCAGGUCCCAGCCGGUCUCCGGGCACUCUGGUCAUCGCUGUCACCUCAGUCAGACUCUGCAAGAACUACCCAAAUCAGGACUGUGAGACCUGCAACCAACUGCACCUAUGCCGACGGUUUGUCUAUGAUGAUUGCAGAGAAACUAAAAACAAAAAAGCCUGCACAAAUUCUCAUGACAUCCUGUCUGUCCACAACGGUGCAAUCUUGAGUAAGAAUGGACUUCACAAUCUGGAUGUCAAAGAGUUGCGUCAGCUUCUGUUGCAGAAUGAUCCUACUCUAAUGCCUGAGGUCUGUGCCUUUUACAACAAAGGGGAGGGUCCCUUUGGCUCUUGUCACUACAAACAGUCUUGCAAAAAGCUUCACAUCUGCCUUCAGUUUAUUCUGGGUGCCUGUCCACUGGGAAGCCAAUGCUGGCGAUCCCACAGCUUCUUGGAAAACCGGAAUUUGCUGGAGAAUCGCCGAAUAAACAUCGAACUGAUCUGUGAUCUGCCUUCCAUAUAUCGGAACAUCUGUGAAAUCAGGAGAAGGGAGGCUGCCGGUGCCAAAGUUAAGGGAUCUUCGCUCAGUCGCUCCCUCAGUGAACCCAGCGCUAAUGUGGACAGUGAGGAGAUCUGCUUGUUCUUCCUCAGGAAGCACUGUUCCUUCAAAGAUCGAUGUAAAUUGGUGCACUUCAGGCUUCCUUAUCGAUGGCAGGUUUAUGAGGAAGGAUGGAAAGAUCUCCCAGACAUGGAGCAGAUUGAAAAGGAAUACUGUAAUCCCCAAUCCAUAGGCAGAGUUGGGCCCCCAACCAUUAAUUUCAUGACCAUGACCAGCAACAUGAACAAGGUGAGGCGUCUGUCCACCGUCUCGUCCGUCACCAAACCUCAGCACUACAUCUUAACCACUGAAUGGCUUUGGUACUGGCAGGCUAAGGCCGCAGAAUGGAUUGAAUAUGGCAAACAGGGAAGUUCAAAUGCUGUUUCCUCAGUCACAUCGACCGUUCUGGAGAACCUGUACUUGGUGGACAGCAAAGAUAAAGUAGGAUUCCAGGUCGACAAUCAUCCCUACAUGGUGGACUUUGAAGCAAUGAUUCAGAAGAACAUGGUUCUCGGAACGUGCAGGGAAGUCCGGAGAAGACCUCGGUUUGUGUCGGAGCAGGAAAUGGAAAGGCGGAUGUACAGCAACAACGAGGUCAAAGAUGAAGCAGCUCAAAGUACAGUCAUUCCAACUCACUGGGAAAUGUCAGCUCAGCCGACUAAUGGCUACAAGCUUGUUCGAGUGCUUGAGUCUUCAGAGGAAUAUAAACAGGUGCAGACCCUCUUUCAGCAGACAAUGAGAAACAGUGUCAUCCAGAAAAUCGAGCGAGUCCAAAAUCUGGCUCUUUGGGAAGUCUUUCAAUGGCAGAAGCAACAAAUGAAGAGAAGAAAUGGUGGUAAAGCAGUGGAUGAGAGGCAACUUUUCUAUGGCUGGGAUUCCUCACCCACUUCAACAGUCCUCAAGGAGAACUUUGACUGGAGGACCUUUGGGACACAUGGUGAAGGAUACGGGAAAGGGAGUUACCUGGCCAGAGACGCAUCCUACGCCGACAAAUAUUUCUCCACCACAUCAGCCACUAAGACUAUGUUUCUGGCAAGGGUCCUGGUUGGCCAGUUUUUCAAAGGAAGGGCAAAUUACUGUCGGCCACCUUCGAAAGAUGGCUUGUCCACCAAUCUGUAUGACAGCUGCACUGAUGAUGGCUUCAACCCAUCGAUCUUUGUCAUAUUUGAGAAACACCAGAUCUAUCCAGAGUACGUCAUUCAAUACAGCAACAAAGUUGGCUUCCUCCAAUGGAUAAGGGGAGUUGUGUCAGGAAUGUCAGCAUCAGCCAAGUGACAGUAGCUUGGCACCAUUUUAUCUUCAUCCUCUGUGCUGCUGUUUGCACAUUCUUAAUCAAGAUGCUCUUAAUUCAGUUCAUCAGUGUGUCAUGGUUGACCUUAAAUCAUUAACCAGCCACUGGACAUUCAAUCACCCUGAACAAUUAAAGCUAUGAUAUGGAGGUGCUGGUGUUGGGCUGGAAUGGACAAAGUUAAAAAUCACACAACACCGGCUUACAGUCCAACAGGUUUAUUUGGAAGCACAAGCUUUUGGAACGCUGCACCUUUGUCGGGUAGCUAGUGGGGCAGGAUCUUAGAACACAGAGCUUACAGUAAAAUAUCAAAGUGUCAUACAACUGAUGCGAUGUAUUGAAUACACCUGGAUUGCUGUGAAGUCCUUAGAAUGGGGACGCAGGUUUUGAUUCAUUUAUAUGUAAAUCCCAGAACGAAGGAGGAGCACUCUGAAAGUUUUCACUUCGAAAUAAAGCUGUUGGUCUA